AUGAGAGAACUCGACCGCGUCACGCCUCCCUCCGAGGCACUCGAAACCUGUCGCUCCAAACUUCUCAAGAAACUCCCACAGGAUGCUCUAGGGCUCGAUCAGACAUCAAAACAUCUCCAAGAAGACAUCGCUCCCGGCCUGAACCGCAGCAGUCAAUCUCCCAACUUCUAUGGCUUCGUCACCGGAGGCGCUACGCCGGCGGCGAAGUUUGCGGACAACAUGGUGACGGAAUACGAUCAGUUCGUUCAGAUCCACCAGCCCCAGGAUACCAUCUCCACAGAGGUGGAAGAUGCCGCGCUUCGAAUGCUCUGUGACCUCGUUGACCUUCCCGAAGAGCAAUGGCAGCAUCGGACCUUCACCACGGGAGCGACGGCGAGCAACAUCGUCGGUCUCGCCUGCGGAAGGGAAUUUGUGCUGCGCGAAGCGGCGAAACAGCGACCUGUCGAAAUCAGCAUCUCCGAAGAUGGCAUUUACGAAGCCAUGUGCAAGACUGGCAUCGACAAGAUCCAGAUCCUCACCACGGCGCCUCAUUCUUCCCUUGGAAAAGCCGCUUCGAUCCUCGGCCUGGGGAGGAAGAGUAUCAGCCAAGUCGGCCUCUACCAAGCGAGCCAUCACUUCGAUUUCGCUCGCUUGGAAGAACUCCUGCAGACGCCCCGUGCGGCUUCCAUCAUCGUCGUCUCGUGCGGAGAAGUGAACACGGGCUUCUUCGCGACUUCCGGCGACGACAUGCGACGCCUGCGUGCCCUGGCGGACAGGCACCAUGCCUGGAUCCACAUCGACGCGGCUUUCGGCCUCCAAGCACGCUGUCUCCCCCACGACGACCCGCAAUACCGAGCCAUCGUAGACGGAAUUCGAGGCCUCGAGCUCGCCGACAGUAUCGCGGGCGACGCGCAUAAACUUCUCAACGUCCCCUACGACUGCGGCAUCUUCCUCUCCCGCCACCUCGAGCUGGGCAUCCAGGUCUUCCAGAACGUCGGCGCCGCCUAUCUGUCCUCCUCCUCCUCCUCCUCCUCUUCCUCCUCUCCGCCCUCCGUCGCAGGAGGACGAGAACAACGCCCCAUCCCCUCCCCCCUCAACAUCGGCAUCGAAAACUCCCGCCGUUUCCGCGCCCUCCCCGUCUACGCCACCCUCGCAGCGCACGGCCGAACAGGCCACCAGAAAAUCCUCAAAAACCAAAUCGCCCUCGCGAGGGGCAUCGCACGUUUCAUUUCUUCGCAUCCGGCCCUGGAACUCCUCCCUCGUGUGCCGGCUUCGUUCGCGAAACCCAAGGAACAGCGCAUCAGUACGACGUAUAUCGUCGUUCUUUUUCGCGCUGUAGACGACGCGGUGAAUGCGGCGCUCGUAGGGAGGAUCAAUGCGACGAGGAGGAUCUAUGUGAGUGGGACGCGGUGGGAUGGUGGGCCUGCGGCGAGGUUUGCGGUUUCUAAUUGGCAGGUUGA